AUGUCGACGAAAACGAUGGCACAGCCGCAAAGGCAAGCGACUAUACUGGAUCCGUCGGACAAGUAUAGGCCGGAAGCUGUUUACGCGGGGAAAUUGGAAAGCGAGUUCCGAGAUUACACGGAAGAUCCGAGGGAUCCGGUGAAGGAGCGGGUGCGGAAAACCUACGAGAAGAUGCAUGCGAAUCAAACGGUCGAGUUUGUGGAAUCUCGUAUGAAGGAAUGGCUACGAUUCGACAAGUGCAAAAUGACGAUCAAGGACGCUCUGCUGAAGUUGAACGAUUUGGUGGACGAGAGCGACCCGGACACCAGUUUGCCGAACAUCGUGCACGCGUUUCAAACCGCGGAGUCGAUCAGAAAGGAGCAUCCCGAUUUGGAUUGGUUCCACUUGACCGGGCUGCUUCACGAUCUAGGCAAGGUAAUGGCGUUCUACGGGGAACCGCAAUGGGCAGUGGUCGGUGACACGUUUCCCGUGGGAUGCGCUUGGGCCGAGUCGAUCGUCUACAGGGAGACGAGUUUCGAGGAGAAUCCGGACGGGAAAGAUGCCCGAUACAACACCAAGUACGGUAUGUACCAGCCGAAAUGUGGCAUAGAGAAUCUAACGAUGUCCUGGGGUCACGACGAGUACUUGUACCGCGUCCUGGUGCACAACAAGGCGAAAUUGCCAAAGGAGGCUCUGGCGAUGAUCCGCUACCACUCGUUCUACCCUUGGCACGCUGCCGGCGACUACAUGCACUUUUGCACCUCGGAAGACAUGGCGAUGCUAAAGUGGAUCAACGAGUUCAAUAAAUACGACCUGUACACCAAGAGCGGCGACAUCCCCGACAUCGAGAAUCUCUGGCCGUACUACGAGAAGUUGAUCGACAAGUACAUUCCCGGGGUAUUGGAGUGGUGAAUUAGGCCCGAAACAUUGCCGACUUGAGUUUGGAUGAAAAUUUGCGGAAUGGAUACGGUGGUCGGGGAAGGACGAUGCGCGUGGCUCCGAUCGAAUUUCUCUCCUUUUGUCCGUUGAAAAAGCCGUGGGGCGUCGUUGGCCUGCGGUCUCGAUAGUCUAACCUAUGCAAUAAGAAUGUUUGUCACUAGUCUUUCGUUUACUUAUUAAUAA